AACAUGUUCCAAAUCUAUCUUUCAGAAAUGAGUCCCGCGUCAUGUGACCCUUCAGAGGAAAUGGAGCCAAAAGUUCGCAUUUGUAAAAUCAUAUGGUCUUUGGGACACUUUGGGCUCAUGUGGCCAACUGGCCCAGGGCUGUCAGGACCGCCUGGACAACGUCAAACAUCCACACUGUCAACGAUUGAUGGUUGGGACGUAACCAUUCAACCAUGUGGGCAAGCCUGCAAGCCCUCAACUCUGCCUUGUCCCGAAGGAUAUGAGAAGUCGCGUGGAAUCUGUUACAAGGCAUUCAAGGAAAACAAGUCCUUCAAAGAUUCAGCUGCGACCUGCCAUGAAGACGGCGGUACCCUUGCUAUGCCCCGAGAUGCGGACACCACCGCCUUCUUAGUCUCUCUAUUCUCCCUGUACACACCCGUGACACACGAAACGUUCGCUACUGCCUUCUGGUUUGGCCUGCACGAUCAGCACAGGGAAGGAAUAUUUGAGUGGAUGGAUGGUUCUGGACUUGGAGCGUACAGGCCAUGGUGUCCGGGACAACCAAACAACAUGAAAAUACACGGUAGUGACGAAGAUUGUGUUUCGACCUACCACACCAGCCACUGCAAGUGGAAUGACUUACGUUGCGACCUAAAGCUUCCUUUUGUUUGCCAAGUUACUCCAGGUACAACCAAUGAACAUUAGAGGAUUCCAUAAUGAUUUUUACUUUUAAACUCCUGUGAUUGCAUGUGUUGUAGAUUGUCAGUUUGUUUGGAAAAAGGAUUUAUAGAGUCAAUGGAGAAUGCACACAAGUUGAUGGAAUCUAAUCAAUAAUCACUGCAUAUAUAUAGUUGGAAGAAAGUUUGAUGAAUUUCAUCAUUCAGAUGUGAACUUGACAUAGAAAGCUAAGUCUU